AAAACUAACAAACAACAACAAUAAUUAACAAUUUUUUUCAUAUCUUUCAAAGGUGGCCCUCUUCUCAAUACAAUAAAUCUCAGUUAUUGCUUCCUUAUCAUAUUGUAAGAGCUACUGCAAAACAACAUCAUGAAGUCACAAAGCAUUGGUCUAUUUCUUGCACUGAUUUCUCUUGUUGUAAAUGUUUCUUUUGGACUCAACACUGAUGGGGUGCUUUUACUUUCUUUCAAGUACUCCAUUCUGAGUGAUCCUUUAGGUGUGUUGGAUACCUGGAAUUUCAAUGAUGAUACACCAUGUUCCUGGAAUGGUGUUAUUUGCAAUGCAAAUUCUGGUGUCAUUAACAUCUCUCUCCCAAAUUCUCAGCUUCUUGGUUCCAUUCCAUCUGAUCUUGGAAUGUUUCAGAGCCUGCAAAGCCUUGAUCUUUCCACCAAUUCCAUCAAUGGCUCCAUACCUUCUUCGCUUUACAAUGUCACUCAUCUCGAAAAACUUGAUCUUUCCAACAACAUGCUCUCUGGUGAGCUUCCUGAGCUUGUUGGAGGACUUCACAAUCUCAAAAAGAUCGAUUUGUCGGACAAUGCAUUAGCUGGAAAUAUCCCAGAGAAUCUUGCUAGUCUUGAUAAUCUGGCUGUUAUUAAGCUGAGAAGUAACUAUUUUUCGGGGAGUCUUCCAAGUGGUUUCAGUUCAGUUCAGUUUCUAGAUCUGUCUUCCAAUCUUGUCAAAGGGUCACUUCCUUCAAAUUUUGGAGGUACUAAUCUUCGGUAUCUUAAUCUGUCAUAUAACAGAAUCUCUGGUGAAAUUCCACCAGAAUUCGCCAGUAAAAUCCCGGAAGAUGUUAUCUUAGAUCUUUCUGUCAACAAUUUGAGUGGUCCUAUUCCAGAGUCAAGUGUUUUUUAUAACCAAGAAAGCGAGUCAUUCUCCGGAAACUUUAAACUUUGUGGUAGACCACUGAAGAAUGUUUGUCCAAUUCCAUCCACUAGGUCUCCCAUGCCUAAUGCAACUGAAGCCACUUCUCCUGCAGUUGCAGCAAUCCCCAAAACGAUACCAGCCUCGGGAAAUGGAACGUCGAAAGCAGGUCUAAAAGUAGGCACAAUCGUGGCAAUUGUCGUCGGUGAUGCAUUAGGGAUCGGAAUUUUGGCAAUGAUAGGCAUGUAUGUUUACAAAGUCAAGAAGAGAAGGACUGAAAAGAAAGUGAGGGAUGAAGCCAAAGAAUUUGACUGGGCUUCUUCUGCAGAGGAAAAGAAGGGGUUCAGAUCAUGGGCAUGUUUUAAUACACGUAGGAACGACGACGAAGAGUCUUCGUCGUCUGAAUCCUUAUCCUCUGAUGAGGAAAAGGAUUCUGAAAACAAUCAAAGGCCAGAAGUUGAUCAGAAAAAAACACCAGGGAAUCUUGUGACAGUUGAUGGAGGUGAGAAGGAACUAGAGCUGGAGAGUCUACUCAAGGCAUCAGCAUAUAUAUUGGGAGCUACUGGCUCGAGCAUAAUGUACAAGGCGGUGCUGGAAGAUGGGACUACACUGGCUGUUAGGAGAAUUGGGGAGGGUGGACUCGAACGGUUCAGGGAUUUCGAGAAUCAGGUUCGAGCUAUAGCCAAAUUAGUGCACCCUAAUUUGGUUAAGAUUCGUGGCUUUUACUGGGGAACUGAUGAAAAGCUUAUUAUCUAUGAUUUUGUUCCCAAUGGCAGCCUCGCCAAUGCUCGCUACAGGAAAGCUGGCUCAUCACCAUGUUCUUUACCUUGGGAAGUAAGGCUUAAGAUAGCAAAAGGAAUGGCUCGGGGACUAGCAUAUAUACAUGAUAAGAAACAGGUGCAUGGAAACUUGAAGCCCAGUAAUAUAUUGUUAGGUGCAGAUAUGGAGCCUAAGAUAGGAGAUUUCGGGCUAGAGAGGCUUGUCGUGGGAGACGGUAGUUACAAAUAUAAUACAUCAGCUCGAAUAUUUGGUAGCAAAAGGUCCACUGCUUCCCGGGAUAGCUUUCAGGAUAUUGCAGGCGCGGCUACCCCAAGUCCGAGCCCAAGUGCAUUGGGGUGUUCUCCGUAUUAUGCCCCAGAGUCCCUCAGGACACUAAAGCCUAACCAAAAAUGGGAUGUCUACUCCUUUGGCGUGGUGUUGCUAGAAUUGUUAACUGGAAAGAUCAUUGUGUUGGACGAAUUAUGCCCUGCUGUCUUGUUCGGGAGUGCCACAUUGGAGGACGAGGAGAAGACUAAGGUUUUGCGGAUGGCUGACUUGGCAAUUCGUGGUGAAAUGGAAGGCAAGGAAGAGUCACUAUUGGCGUUGUUGAGAUUAGGAUACAGUUGUCUGUCUCCAGUGCCGCAAAAGAGACCAGCAAUGAAAGAGGCCCUUCAUGUUCUAGACAAGUUCCCAUCGUCUACUAUUUCAUCAGCGAUUCUGUAUGGUCACUAGCAGUAAUGAUACAGUAUAUAGAUCCAAAAAUGUAGACUGACUGGUUGAUUUUAGAGGCUUUUUUAAUCUAGCUCUAAUGAUUGUUACAGCAUGUUCUCUUUACCGUUGAGGUCAGAAUCAAAAUAUGUUUGUUCUCUGAGCAUUAAUGUAUAUGCGAAGCGGCAUCUAUGAAUUUAUUUCUGGGAUCAA